GCUUUGUAGUGAUAAAAGAGAGAGGAGAUGGGAGAGAGAGAGAGGGAGACGGAAAGGGAAAGGCUGAAAUGAAUGAGAACCCCGCCAUCGCUUCUUUCGCUCGCCAUUGACUCUGCCCUUAUUAACCUCUCCUUCAUCUCCGAUCUCUCCUCCUUGCCCGAUCACAUCCUCGUUGACCUCUUCCUGAAAACAUUAAGAGCUGGAAAGCUGACUGAGAAGAUUUUGAAGCUGUUUGUGGCUACUGGAAAAGAAGAAAUCAUUUCUCUGAUUGAGUCUUUCAACAUCCAAGCUGUUCUCACUCCUGUUCUUCCGACUAGAUGCUGUGAGAGGAAGUUCUGACCUUGCUUAAUAUCAACUGAAUCUAGUUAUUAUCUUGUUUUUUUAUAUAUCAAAACCUGAUAAAAUGUCAGAAGUGAGCAUCAGAGAUGAUGAGAUUGACAUUGUUAUUGGUGCACUCCAGCCCGAUCUCACGUCAUUCUUGGAAGAAUGGAGACCGAUCUUCUCCAGAUUCCACCUCAUAAUCGUCAAAGACCCUAACCUCCUAGAAGAACUCAACAUCCCUGGUGGAUUCAACCAUCAUGUCUAUACAAAAUCUGAUAUCCAACGCAUUCUCAGCUCAUCAAACACUGACCUCUUCUGCGGCUACUCAUGCAGAUACUUCGGUUAUCUCAUCUCUAACAAAAAAUAUAUCAUCUCAGUUGAUGAUGAUUGUUUCCCAAUAAAGGAUCAAAACACUGUUGAUGCAGUCACCCAACACAUCAUCAACCUUAAAAGUCCAGCGACACCCUUUUUCUUUAACACCCUAUACGACCCUUUUCGUGAAGGAGCAGACUUUGUCCGUGGGUACCCUUUCAGCAUGAGAAGUGGUGUACCUUGUGCAUUGUCGUGUGGACUAUGGCUUAACUUGGCAGAUUACGAUGCUCCCACACAGGCCCUCAAGCCUGAUCAGAGGAACUCGCGGUACGUCAAUGCCGUUCUUACCGUGCCUGCUAAGGCAAUGAUGCCGGUGAGCGGGAUCAACAUAGCCUUUGACCGUGAGUUGGUAGGGCCCGCUCUCUUGCCGGCUUUCAGGUUGGCAAAGGAAGGGAACCUGAGGUGGGAAACAAUGGAGGACAUAUGGAGCGGGAUGUGCGUGAAGGCAGUGUGUGAUCACUUGGGCUUUGGAGUGAAGAGUGGGAUCCCCUACGUUUGGAGGAAAGAGAGAGGGGAUGCAAUAGAGAGCUUGAAGAAGGAGUGGGAAGGCGUGAAGGUGAUGGAGGAAGUGGUUCCUUUCUUCCAGUCCUUGAAGUUGUCACCACAGGCAACCACUGCAGAAGCUUGCGUUACUGAGAUCGCUGCGGCUAUAAAAGGGCAAUUGGGGAAUUCGGAAACUGUGUUUUCUCGCGCUGCUGAGACUAUGGUGGAGUGGGUCAAGCUCUGGAAGACGGUGAAAGCGCAGUGACACCAUUCACGUUGUUGGUUGAGGUGUAAGGUUUUACUCCAACAGUUUCUAUUGUUUUGCCUUGCCUGUUAGUUAAAUGCCGAUAAGUCUUUUGAGGAAGUUGAUGUUGUCGUCUACUCUUUGUGUUUCCAUGAGAAUCACUGUCCUUCAUACCCACUACAAGUUGACUUAGAACUCUUUGAGUGUUAUUAUGUCGCACUCAGUAUAAUAAGCAUAUGUUGAUAAAAAUAUUGAUUAAAAGAACGGUUGUUUUGUAGUUGUGACACUUUUGAUUUGAUAUGCCUUCAGCUUAUAAGUAAUUCUUUUUUACAGAGCACUAAUUUGUUUUAGUUUUCUUGCUGAAUCCAUUAAUAAUGAAAGAUGUGAUGG